AUGUCGUCUCCUGGUCCUCAAGACGAGCUCACAUCUACCGUCUUCGGGGCUAUCCAGGCCUUGCCUGCAUCGAGGAAAGCGUCGUUCCUUCUCGAUACAUCGUUGGCUUUGAUAGAGUCAGGACAAUACGGCGAUGAUGUGGAGAAUUACCUCGAAGUGUACCUGAAGACGCCGAAUCUACCUCGGGAGGACGUGGCAAGGGCUUUGUUGGCCAGAGGGAAGGCGAGGAAGCUGGCUGGCGAUAAGUUGCUGGAGAAAGCCCAUCAAGAUUUCCAAGCUGCGUUGAACCUAGAUCCGUCGAACCGGGAAACCCAGCAUUUAUUCCGAAGGGAUAGGCGCAUACAUUUUGUCGAUGAACCCGCCUCGCAGAGAGCGCCGCCGGAAAUUUGGGACCGAAUAGCGCGCAGUAUGCCUCGGUAUCAUCUUCGGACAUGGUUAUUCGUGUCGGCGUUUCACAGGGAGAUUGCGAUACGCAUCAUCUUUCGAACUGUCGAUCUCUACUUUGGCGACGACCAGGAGAACGUCAGUCGAGGAUUGGAUUUCAUGGACCGAGUGAAGGAGGACCCAGUAUUUGCGAGUCAGAUCAAGUCUUUGAGAAUACAUUGGGCGUAUGAAGAAUCCGAUGUAUUGGAUUUGAUGACUAGAGCCCUUCGUACAGCGCUGCCGAAAUUCACGAUGCUCGGCGACUUUGAAUGGAUAGGUUAUCCAGAAAUGCGUGCGGACGUCGUACAGAACGUUCUCGCCAGCCAUUCCCGUAUCCAAAGCAUAGGACUCAUCGGCUGGCAUUUCGACGCCGUCGGUGUUUCUGCCUUCAAAAACCUCCACAAGUUUACCCUUCGGGCGGAAGAUGACGACGGUUUUGCGGACAUGGGUGAAGUCCGGAAAGUCCUUGACGAGAACGAGGAGACCCUCAAGCAUUUGAUCUUGGGUGCCUAUCUGGCGCGAACGCACUCCUGGGACAGCACGUUCCAAAGUGUCACCAUCAAGAACCUCACCCAUCUUGAUUUGGUGGAUACUCGGAUUUCGCAUGUCGUUCUGGCGCGUAUUGCACAUGCACACAACUUGCAGAGUCUGACGCUACACGGUACAUUCGAAGAGCCUACUUCGGCCUCUGUGGUGUUUGCGAGUGACCACAUAUUGGAGGGCAAACAUACAUUUUUACCUCACCUCGAGGCCUUCCGGUUCGUGCUAGUGGGUCACGAUGACGAACUGACUCUGUAUCAGAGCGUGACUCAAUUUCUGAGGAAGCGUACGGGGCUGAGAAAAUUGGAUUUAGGUAGCUGCCCGUGGGACUUGGUACUUGCCGUCUUGCCGGAACUGACGGGUCUGAGAGUGCUUGGAGUAAGGAUCGCGAACCUGAACGAGACAGCGGUCCAGGCCCUGGUGCGAAGUAUACCCCCAUAUAUGCACGCGAUUCGGUUGUCAACCGUCGUGUCGGACAAAUCAUUGAACGAGCAUUGCGGAUCUUUCUCCAAAUUCCCCUCCUUAUCGUUUCUCCACCUUCAUUGUGCUAAACAGCGGCCAAAGCCGAAUCUCAUGUGCGACAAGGAUUUCAAGGUGCAAACUGAUAUUUGGAACUCCUUGGCCCGGAGUGUCGCCAUCUCCUUGCCGUCCUUGGAUUUUGUUGGCUGGCAUGGGGAGCAUUAUGUGGUGGUGAGGAAUGAUGAUGGUGUGGAGUUGAAGGAGCUUCCGACCCGACGUCGACUGGAUUGUGGUAAAGGGGUCGAUCUGGGAGGAGAAGACGCGGCAUGGUUGGAGAGGAAGGAUGUCCCGAUGGACUAUGAAAUUCCUGGCCUAGAGUGA